AUGUCCACCGCUGUCGAACGUCCUAUGGCCACCACGAACAAUGCUGAAGCCUCGGGGUCUCGUUCAAGAAGCGAUUCUAUCGAAAUUAUCGAUGUUGACUCCCUUGACCCUGGUGGUGGACAGCCACAGCUCCCACCCCGGAACCUUAGAAGGGGGACUUCGCGCACAGACUCUAUAUGGAUCGAGAGCGAUGACGAGGGCGAUAUAGAAAUUCUGUCGACUAUGUCGCUAUCUGGCCACAACGCAGACCGGGCUCAAAGCCAUCGACAGUAUAUUUCGCCACCACCUCCGCGAAGCUCUAACCACCGCAUUCCUCCAGUACCUGCCAUCAAUCCCCGUCUGGCUACUCGCCACCAGAGAGCACAAUUAAAUACGUUGAGAUCUCUGCCUGUUUUUCCAAGUGCACCACCACCUAGAAUUGAAACGGGGCCCAUCGCUGGACCGUCAAACGCUCCAAAUGCUCCAUCUCCCCCACUAGAAGCGGCACCUAUAUCUCGACACAUUCCAGCGCUAGGUCUAGGCGGAGCUCUUAUUUCUUCAAAUAAUAGGACUCAAAACAGAGCACAGCAUAUGCGCCAAUACGCGCGGGUUGCGGCCGCUGCGCGGCGGAGAAAUGCAAUUGACGACGAUGAUUUCUUCGCAAAUUACAUGGAAUCAAACAUCCAAAUGUUUUUUCACGAGCUGGCUCAUACGAGUCCGACAGAUCGACCUGAAUAUUUAUGGCGGCAACGGCACCACUUUGUUAAACAGCCUAGAGAAAAGGAGCAGUAUCACCAACAUUACACGCAUCCUUCCAAACCCGAGCCUGGCUUCACCUUUGAUUUUGCUCCGGCUGACGAUGAUGAGAACACACGAACACGCCUUUUCCCACCCACGUCCGCAGAACAGCCUAUCAUUAUAGAUGACGACGAUGAGGAUACACCCUCAUCUUCCGGGCCCUCAACGUCUGGACAAAGCGAUUCGUCAGGAUCAGGGACAUUAAACUUGGUGCUCGUGUGUGCCAAAUGCUUAGACCCCCUGGUUCUGAACGCGGCUCUUGCACCCGAAGAAGGUCAGUUUAAACGAGUUUGGGGGCUCCGUUGUGGGCAUCUCAUCGACGAAAAAUGUCUCAACGAACUUGGACGGCCUCACGAAGAACAAGUAGGAGACAAGCCCGCACCUAAAGAUCGCAAAGGAAAAGGGAAAGCUAAAGCCGUCGUAUCCCCGACGUAUGGCAGCGGGGACGCGCCAACAGAUCCCCAGGCCCAGGCACCCGCAGAGGAGGAUGCGACGAAUAGUAUCCGCUCGCGGUUGCGGUCAAGGCAGAACGCGCCGGCUUCCUCGUCUACCGCUCCCCUUGUUUCCCCUCCACCACCUGUCUCAUCUGCUGCAUCAUUUGCGUCCGCGUCGUACGCCGCACUCUCUCGUUUGACAGAGUACAUCCCCACACCUAAAAGGCGGCGUGGACCAGCCAAAAAACCGAAAAUCGAAGGCGAGUUCGAGUGGAAAUGCCCCGUGGCGGAAUGCGGGCGCGUGCACCUCAGCGUCAAGAUCGACGGCGUCUGGGGCCCAGAAGUCGAUAGAGACUUCAAAAAUGUCAAGGGCAUCAAAGACGAGGCGAGAGGUGCCGUUGCUGUAUUUGCUUAG